GUGAAUAAUCAAAUAUUAUAACUAUUAUUAAAAAUGUUUGACACGGCGGCCGCAGGGAGCGGAUCUAAAAACAAAGGAGGUGCGUAUGUGGACCGGGACAAACCCGCCCAGAUCCGCUUCAGCAACAUCAGCGCGGGGAAAGCUGUCGCUGAUGCCAUCAGAACGAGUCUGGGCCCUAGAGGCAUGGAUAAAAUGAUUCAGGAUGAAAAGGGAGAUGUUACGAUCACUAAUGAUGGAGCCACCAUCCUCAAACAGAUGCAGGUGCUGCAUCCUGCGGCAAAAAUGAUGGUGGAGCUGUCUAAAGCUCAGGACAUAGAGGCUGGUGAUGGCACCACAUCGGUGGCCGUGAUCGCUGGAUCUCUUCUUGAUGCCUGUUCUAAACUGCUACAGAGAGGAAUCCAUCCCACCAUCAUCUCUGAGUCUUUCCAGAAGGCGGUAGAUAAAGGUGUGGAGAUCCUCACCUCCAUCAGUACGCCAGUGCUGCUGAGUGACAGAGAGACUCUUCUGAACAGCGCCACCACAUCUCUGUGCUCCAAAGUGGUGUCGCAAUACUCCAGCCUGCUCGCUCCCAUGAGUGUGGACGCGGUCAUGAGGGUCAUCGACCCUGCCACAGCCACCAGCGUCGAUCUUCACAACAUUAACAUCGUGAAGAAACUCGGAGGGACCAUUGAUGACUGUGAGCUGAUAGAUGGUCUUGUGUUGACUCAGAAGGUGAUGAACACAGGAGUGUCCCGUGUGGAGAAGGCCAAAAUCGGCCUUAUUCAGUUCUGCCUCUCCCCUCCAAAAACUGAUAUGGACAACCAGAUCGUUGUGUCGGACUACGCUCAGAUGGACCGUGUGUUGCGUGAGGAGAGAGCUUACAUCCUCAACCUGAUCAAACAGAUUAAGAAAGCCGGCUGCAAUGUGCUGCUCAUCCAGAAAUCAAUCCUGAGAGAUGCUGUGAGUGAUCUGGCCCUUCACUUCCUCAAUAAAAUGAAGAUCAUGGUAGUCAAAGACAUCGAGAGGGACGAGAUUGAGUUCAUCUGCAAGACUAUCGGCACCAAACCCAUAGCUCACAUUGACCAUUUCACCCCAGAGAUGCUGGGUACAGCUGAGCUGGCAGAAGAGGUCAGUCUUGAUGGUUCAGGGAAACUGGUGAAGAUCACGGGUUGUACUAAUCCUGGAAAGACCGUAAGCAUUGUGGUCCGUGGAUCCAACAAGCUGGUGAUCGAGGAGGCCGAGCGAUCCAUUCACGAUGCCCUCUGCGUCAUCCGCUGCCUUGUUAAAAAGAGAGCUCUGAUUGCUGGCGGUGGAGCACCAGAGAUCGAGCUGGCGGUGAGAUUGGCAGAAUAUUCCCGUACUCUGGGUGGCAUGGAGGCGUACUGCGUGCGUGCAUAUGCCGAUGCCCUCGAGAUCAUUCCCUCCACUUUGGCAGAGAACGCUGGUCUUAAUCCUAUCUCAACAGUAACAGAGCUGCGUAAUAGGCACGCACAAGGAGAGAAGACAGCUGGGAUUAAUGUCCGCAAGGGUGGGAUCUCCAACAUCCUUGAGGAGCUUGUUGUUCAGCCUCUGCUGGUCUCCAUCAGUGCCCUCACCCUCGCCACGGAAACGGUCCGCAGCAUCCUCAAGAUUGAUGAUCUUGUGAAUACCCGAUAAAGUGUGCUUAAGUGUUAUUACUGAAGGAAGUCCCGCAAGCACCCCGCUAAGAAACACUGAUCCGCCGCUUUCUUUAGCUGUUACCUGGUGUAAUUUAAUAAAACUUGUUUUUGACACGAUAA